CUGUGCGAGAGGAAGAACCAACGUAGAAGAAGAAGACUGUGGGCGGCGGCGGCGGGAAACAUAAAUAUGAGCUCUACCUUUAUAUGAGUGAAAUACAUUUACUUUUAUUCUCCGGACUGUAAAAGCUACCCAACAUGGUUCAAGAGUUUCAUGUACUGAGAUGUUUUUCCUGUCAAACAUUUCAAGUACAGCAGGUGAAGAAGAGUAAGAAAUGGACUUGUAAAGUGUGCGGCGAGAAGCAGUCAUUGAUUAAGGAGUUUGGUCAAGGCAGCGCAGCUGACUGCAGGAGGCAUGUCCAGAAGCUGAAUGCUCUGCGAGGACAGAUGCUGGAGGUGAACAGUGAAGAGCUGCUGUCACAGCGGGAACCGGAUGAAAACGAAGAUGUUCUUGAAAGUCUGGAUCAGAAUCCUAAAUCAGAGCAGGAAGUGGAUCAAGUCAGCCGCUGGAGUAAAUACACUGAUCAAACAGCUGAGGGUCCAAAUGGACAUGAAAAUGAGGAAGAAGAGGAGAAUAUUUAUACAGAAAGACAGAGAUUCAGAAGCCAAGGAACCAGGAAAAGGAAGAAAAUCUCCCCUUCAAAGUCUCUUGAAAAUAACUGUGAGGAUGAGGAGUCAUGGACGGGUUGUUCUGGGUUUAAGAGACAGCCGUAUCUGCAUGACAGGAGGUUCAAUUCAUCGUGGAGUAAAGGAUCUGCUUCCACAUAUUCCUCCUGUGGCAGGUCAGGUGAUAUGGAGCCGUGCACUAGCACAAAUCUCCCAUCAUCCCGUCAGGCCGUUUGUUACCCUACAGCCUGCUCCAGUUCCACAUACACAGCGGAGAACUCUGGUGAAAAUAAACAGCAGUGUGACUCUUCAUAUAAGCCGCCAGCAGUUGAGGUAACCAAAGGUCUUCUCCUGCAAAGCAACAGUCCUUCCGUUUCUUCUCGUCAGAAGUUUGGUGAAUCGAAGAUUGGGAAUAAGGACUCCAAAUGGGAUAAAUUCCUCACAGUUGUCCCUGAUCAGCAGGACGAGGAAGAGUAUGACUAUGAAGGUCAUAAUUCUUCUAAUUACAGUGAUAACACAGUAGUGGCUUGUUUCACAGAAGCACUUAUAGACAUGGCUGUGGAUUCUGAAGAGUGCAGAUAUCCACUGGAUGGAAAGACAGACAGUGGUGCUCUGGGGAGGCAGAAGUCUGUAGGUGAUAUUUGUGUGGAUGGAAAUUUAUCCAGUCCAAACAUCAGUCACAGCUCAAAACCAGCCAGUUUUGAAAACGCUGUCUGUAAACAGCCUACACUGUUUAAGAUGCCAUGUUCAAGCCUUUCUAUAAACUCCCUGUUCUUUACUGAUGAAGACUUUGAUGACACAUUUUGA